AUGGCCCUGAGCGCGACCAGGGCCUUGUCGUCCAACCGCCACACCUACCAGGGGCUCGGCGACUGCUUCUGCCUGACGAAUCCUGGUCUGGCCGACAACCCGAUUGUAUUCGCCUCGGACGGCUUCGUCAAGGUCACCGGCUACACGCGCUCCGAGAUCAUCCCGCGAAACUGCAGAUUCCUCCAGGGGCAACACACCGACCGGGUCCCCGUCCGCAGGCUCAAGACGGCCAUCAGCGAGCGCAAGGAAUCGGUCGAGUUGAUUCUGAACUACAAGAAGAACGGCGACCCGUUCUGGAACCUGCUUUACGUUGCCCCUUUGUACAACGAAGCGGGGAAGCUGGCCUUCUUCAUCGGCGGCCAGGUCAACUGCUCCACGACCAUCCACAGCAACGCCGAUGUCAUGAGGGUCCUGUCCGUGUCCAACAACGACGAUGUCCAGGACAAAGCCAAGGACAACAAAGUCAAGGCGCCGCUGCCGCUCCACCGAGCCUCGUCGGCGCCGUCGGCGCGCAAGGCCUUCCUGAAAGCCCUCGGGGUCAAGGUCGACGACGCCCACGCACUCACCACGUCGUCGGUCAUCGACCCGGGCAUGGAGAGCAAGCUGCUCCACCAGCUCGAGGGGAGAGACCUGAAUACGCAGAUGAAGGAGUUUUAUACUGCGUACUCCAAGUACCUCGUCGUCAGCUACGACGCCUUCAUCAUCCGCUUCUACUCCGAGGGCGUCCUGGACAUGCUCCACCCGGCCAACAACACCGUCGGCCUCGUGGCCGGGCAGGACGUCUUCCGCUUCCUCAAGCAGAACAUGGUGAACCACCAGUCCGACUACAAGACGCGCGUGCGCAACGCCCUCCGCGCCGGCGGCCCCGUCAGCGUCGACGUGCGCCUGCAGACCCGCCGCAGCGCCCUGUUCCGCGGCGACGAGCGCUUCGUGACGCACUGGACGCCCCUGAAGGACGAGAAGUCGGCGGUGCGCUGGGUCGUCGUCAUCAUGUCGCCCGCCAUCUCGUGA